AUGCUCUUUCUUUUGACCGUUGUUUCCUUCCUCUCGUUUGCUUCUGCAAACUUCCUCUUCAAAGGGAAACCUAUCGGAGACCCUACCUACAACUCGGCCAAAUACCACUGGGAAUGCGGCAAGAUCCGCGCCCUCGGCAACACCACAGACGGAACGUUCAAACUCAACUGGUGGCCCGCCAGGACCUGGGACCACAAGUCCUGCAGGGCCCUGCUGCACGUCAAAGAACUCCCCACGAACGGCCUAAAGCUCCACGCGGAAGAGCUCGUCAAGGUGGCUCGGUGGGGAGCCGACGCCCUGUGCGGUGGGACAUGGCAGCGUUCGAUGUACCCGAUGUGUCAACGCCCCUAUAUCACUCCCCCAGCCAACGCCGAGCAAGAGCCACAUGGGGAUAUCUGGCGGCCAGCUGCUUACAGCUGUCAAACAGGUGCCCAUGGAAAGCAGGAAAAAACGAUCCACAAAGGUAUUCAGUGCCUGGGAGAUCAAGCCCAAAAAAGUUUUCCCUCCCGGAGAAAUCAAACUCUUCCUCUCAAACAUCUUCACCUCCUACACCCACCCACACACGAUUCAAGUCCAUCUGGCUUCAUCAUGGACGAGGAACCAAACAACGGCUCGGCCUUUCUGGCCAAAAUCCCCAUCGAUAUCAUCUCGCACACCCUCUCGUUCCUCCCCGACAGGAAAUCACUUCUCAACUCGAUCCUGACCUGCCGGGAUUUCCACAAUGCUUACAACCUUUGUAAGACCUACAUCGCCUCGACCAUCUUCAUCAGAUCCAUGCCCCAGAGCGUCUACGAGGAGGCUGCAAUCUACUACCACCUCACCCGCGAGCAGUGGCACGGCGCCCGAGCUGGCAUUCAGGCUAUCAACCGCGUCUUUGCCAAGAAGCGUACUCUUGAUGAAGGUCAGCUUCCUGUUAAUCAGCGAAUGACUAUCAAGGAUAUAAAGACUAUGCACAUUUUCCACGACAAUGCCGGGUGGUGGGCCAACAGAAUCGCCACUAACCUCAAGCGAGACCAUCCCGUUCUCAGUGGCCAUACCUCCCCUUUCCAGCUUACUCCCACUGUCCUCAACCGCUUCAAGAGGGCCAUUUACCGUCUCUACAUAGCGUUCUUCUCCCACUUUUCAACUGUGGAGGCUGAACAGACGAUCAACGUCUGUGAGCUACUUGUCGCCGAGAUUGCCCCUUCGCUCAACAGAUUCAUCGACCAGGAUAUUGGGCUGGGUGGACUGGUGCCAGGCUAUGUCGACUGCGCAGCUGCUGACAUGCCCAUGGUUGUCCAGGGUCUCGGGCUCAUGCGUGACUUCAUCAACGCUCGCACCUACAACCAGCGCUACACACUCAUGCAGACUGUCAACCCUGAUGACUGGAGACCUGAGCGCUCGGUCCGGCCCCGUUUCCCCCUUGGCGAUCUGCAACUCCACUACGACUUUCAUCAUUGCGGUCUCGCCCCUGAGGAUCUCAAGGAGUUGAUCAAUGAACCUCAUCCGCUUUGGGUCUCUCGCGUGCCUUUCUACGACGAUGGUGAUAUCGGUCCGCAGUGGGCUUGGAGAAAGUUCAAUGCCCGGGCUGCCCUGUUUGGUGGUGAAUUCUACCAAACCAUGUAUGUCGCUCGCCCUUGGGGUUAUACCUUCUGGGACUACCACAUGCUGGACGCCGGUAACAUCAUACGCCUCAACGAGGACGCAACCCGUGAUCUCAUGCCUACUCUCGGCCCCGGACACAAGAUCUUCACAAUUUGGUGUCCCUUUCUCCAGUGGAGAACGGUGGAAGCCUGCCGAAAGGUUCGCCUCGCCUACUAUGUCAAGGCGGCUCUGCGGGCAUGGGGCAGCAUUGGGUGGUUCGAUGCGGACAACUUUCCUCCUGAUUAUCUAGUGAGCGAGCUGAUGACUAUUUUCAUGAUACAACUGACAGAGGACGAGGAGGACGAGGAGGAAGACAUGGCAUUCAUGGCCCUUCUUACAUACGCCUAUGAGUAUUCCUUGCAUCACGACAUCUGUCUCGUUGCUCCCGACGAGUAG